AUGGAAAUUACGGCGAUUGCCAAUCUGUUGGUAGUGGUGUCUUUGAGCUGCGUCUCCAUUUUGGUCCAGGCUAUCGCAUCUACUUUGGUGAAGUGGAUAGAACAAUCGUCCUUUUACUCUGUGGCGGGGAUAAAUCAACACAGGCACGGGACAUCCAACGCGCAAAAACCUAUUGGUUAG